GUUCCCCCAAUGUCAUAUGACUAGCUCACCUCAGCCGUCGUCUCGACAACACCGAUAUUAUUAAUACGAUUACGCGUGCUUCUUGUCUGCUGCUUUCCGCUUUACCUACACACUCUCCGGCUAUGGCAACGUUGGCGGCGAACCGGGGGAUGGAUUUCAACAGCACGGCUGCGGCUGCCAGGGAGCACACCCAGGCUGUGACCAGAAACUACAUCUCACAGCCCAGGCUGACGUACUCUACGGUCUCCGGAGUGAACGGACCCCUGGUGAUUCUAGAUAAUGUGAAGUUCCCCAGAUAUGCUGAGAUUGUGCACCUGACCCUGCCUGAUGGAACCAAGAGGAGCGGGCAGGUUCUUGAGGUCAUCGGGAGCAAGGCUGUCGUCCAGGUGUUCGAGGGCACGUCGGGUAUCGACGCGAAGAAGACGGCCUGCGAGUUCACGGGCGACAUCUUGCGUACGCCAGUCUCUGAGGACAUGCUGGGGCGGGUCUUCAAUGGAUCUGGGAAACCCAUCGACCGCGGGCCCACUGUGCUGGCCGAGGACUAUCUGGACAUCAUGGGCCAGCCAAUCAACCCCCAGUGCCGUAUCUACCCUGAGGAGAUGAUCCAGACCGGCAUCUCCGCCAUCGACGGCAUGAACAGCAUCGCCCGAGGCCAGAAGAUCCCCAUCUUUUCUGCUGCUGGUCUGCCCCACAAUGAGAUUGCCGCCCAGAUCUGUCGGCAGGCUGGCCUGGUCCAGAAGUCGAAAGACGUCAUGGACUACACCUCUGAGAACUUCGCCAUCGUCUUCGCAGCUAUGGGGGUCAACAUGGAGACUGCCCGCUUCUUCAAGUCGGACUUCGAGGAAAACGGUUCCAUGGAUAACGUUUGCUUGUUCUUGAAUCUGGCCAACGACCCCACCAUUGAGCGCAUCAUCACCCCCCGCCUGGCGCUGACCACUGCGGAGUACCUGGCCUACCAGUGUGAGAAGCACGUCCUCGUCAUCCUCACUGACAUGAGCUCCUACGCCGAGGCCCUCCGAGAGGUGUCUGCAGCCAGAGAGGAGGUGCCCGGCCGUCGUGGCUUCCCUGGAUACAUGUACACCGAUCUGGCCACAAUCUACGAGCGUGCCGGGAGAGUGGAGGGCAGGAACGGCUCCAUCACCCAGAUCCCCAUCCUCACCAUGCCCAACGACGACAUUACCCAUCCCAUUCCUGACUUGACUGGUUACAUCACUGAGGGACAGGUGUAUGUGGACAGACAGCUCCACAACAGACAGAUCUACCCCCCAAUCAACGUGUUGCCGUCCCUGUCUCGUCUGAUGAAGUCUGCUAUCGGUGAGGGCAUGACCCGCAAGGACCAUGCAGAUGUCUCCAACCAGCUGUACGCCUGCUAUGCCAUUGGGAAGGACGUCCAGGCCAUGAAGGCUGUGGUAGGAGAGGAGGCCCUGACCCCCGACGAUCUGCUCUACCUUGAGUUCCUGCAGAAGUUCGAGAAGAACUUCAUUGCCCAGGGCCCCUAUGACAACCGGACGGUCUACGAGACGCUGGACAUCGGCUGGCAGCUGCUGCGUAUCUUCCCCAAGGAGAUGCUGAAGAGAAUCCCCCAGAGCACCAUCGCCGAGUUCUACCCCAGGGAGUCCGCCGCGCGCCACUAAGGGCUGCCCCCGCCCCUCUCCUCCACCAUCCUCCCCCUCUUUGUCUCUGGUUCUCCCGCUCUCGUUGUCUCUCUCCCAGCUUCCCAACAAUUCCAGCACUGAGGUCGUCCCAACACCCCCAACCCCUUUUCCCAGCCCCAGCCGUCUGCCUCCCUCUUGCUCCCCCCUGAAGACGUCCUUGAUUGAACAGGGCAACGUCCCCCUUUAGUGUAGCUGUAGUGUGGUUGGUACAUGUUCAGCAGUCUUGUA